CAGUUUGAGUCCGACCGUUGACAAAGCAAGACGUGUGAAACACAAUUUUUUUUGUGUUUAGCGACAAAACACAAAGUAUUAGUUGUUCGUGUUGUGCGUGUAUUGUCGCUCUCGGGUAACGCGCUACUAAAUCUUGUUUCAUUUAUUCGUUCGUCCAUUUGGUUCACAAUCCGAAGAAAAACCAAAUUAAAUACAAAUUAUUUAGCUGACGCACACGAAAGAUUGAAAAAUAAAAACGAAAAUCUCAAACAAGGAAAACAACUAAACUACACAAAAUUAGUGUUUUUUUGUUUCCGAUUAAUUUAGUUUACAAUUUCACUAGAAAUCAUAUUCAUCGAACUUUGAGUUUAAAAGUUGAUUUACCGUCGCUAGAAAUGUAUUUAACAUAACAUCCAAAUGGCUUUUUAUGAAAAAUACUGACAAAAUACAGUUAAAAAACAGAAAAAUAACAAACUUAUUUAGUGUAUCUGUGCUUCCGAAAUAAAAUAUUCUGCAUAUGACAUAUUUUGAAAUGUUGGGUUUGGAUAAAAACAAAUUAAAAUAGAUUCAACAAUGAGAAAAGAAAACACAAUCGAUUUUAACCGUCACAUUUCCCAAUUAUGUUGUGGUAUUAGCUCACAAAACCUACCAGAAAUCCCCGUUUCAGUUCACGAAUAGACAGAAAAAAAUAUUUACAAGAAUUCUAGCACAAUUUUAAAAUAUUACCCAAAUUAGGAACACUUCGUUAAUUUAAAAAAAAAAAGUUUGUUUUUCUAAUUUUAUGUGUAUAUGCAUGUGUAUGUGAAUCGUGACAAAUAUUCACAAACCACAUCAUUACGGUAACGCUAUUAUUAUCGUUUACAAAGCAAGGUGCAGAAAAAUCGAAGCGAAAAUAAAACAUCGACCACACCGACGGCACUGGCUCCGCGUUAUAUAUUUUCGUUCAUCCAUUUAGUUCAAUGAAUGGCGUUCCAUGGAACCGUGAAAAGAAAACCAAACAAACGAAUAGUGUUAAUGUGCUAAAAGUUGAAGCAAUUUGCACGCCGAACAAAAAUCAAAUACAUUUUAUUGUAGUCCAUAAUUGUGAAAGUGAAGUAUUUUCAUUUCAAGAUACGAAACGAACAAACAAAAAAUCCCAAUUCAAUAGCGAGUCUCAUUCGCGAUAAAAUCAUAUACUGAAGAGAUUUGGGCUUUGGGCGUUAUGGACAGAGACUCUUAUAUAAAAAUUAAAUUACUAACAAAAAUUGAGCAGUGACCGAUUUUGAAUGAUUUCACCAGUACUAUGGACAUAAAAACUGCCUUGUCUUCGACGUAGACUUCAUUUUUUCAUGAAAUAUUAGUUUUGACAUCCGAUAAAACUCUGGAUUGUGAAUACAAAAUGAACAAAACAAGCAAUGUGUGAACAAAAGAACAGUUAUUUAUGUGUUUAAAAUAGGAAAAAAGGCGGAACAUUGUGUAACACAAUUAUGAAAUUGAAUUGAAAUUCAUCUCUGUGUGCAAUUAUAUUCUCUCGAUUUCUAUUCGCCAGUUAAAGCAAUUAGCAAGUUUAAUUACAACCAAAAAUCAUCGAAAACUUUACGCCAACCUAAAAUGCUUAACAGUGAACCAUCAAAUUGAAAAGAAAAAAAACUGAUUCAACGAUUAAAAACUGUCAUACAAAGAAAUUGCUAUAGUUGCAACAACUGCGGUGCAUGAAACACAAGUCAUUGUGAACACGGAAUUAUAUCUUGGAGUGAUAAAAUGAUGAAGCGGAUUUGCAGCAGUUGGUUCUGUUGUCCAUUUUGUUUUUUUUAACUCAGGAAUUUGAAGAAAACGCAUCUUCGACGUCGGUGUAAUUAAAUUAAAUGAAAAAUAGUAUCACAACAAGCAGAGAGUGUCUUUAUUUUAUAUGCUUGCAUGUGUGUCUCUCCCUCUCUCUCUCUAUGUGUGUGUAUGUGAGCGUCUGUGUUCGUUGAUCGCGUACCGAGAGCGAAAGAAACGCGAAUAACUUUCUUGUGUGCGCGUUGAUGGUUACAUGCAAGAAUAAUACAGACGAACUGUUGCUAUAGACAAUUUCAUAAAUGUGCAUAAAAAGUGGCAAACAAGAACUGCAAUAACAGUCAAUGACUCCAACUCGGCAUUGCAUUAAAUUAUUACAUUUAUAUGUAAGCGUUCAACUGCUGCGACGUAUUGUGAAACCGAUCAACGGAGUUGGAACCACAAUAAAACGAAUAAAGAAGAAAAUAUCAAAUGAUAUGAGAGUACAGCAUCAGAGCGAAGUUUAAAAGAGCAUACACAAAAUCAAUUAAGGCAUUAUCAAAGUCCAGUUGAAUGGAGCAGAAGCAGUACAUCGCAAUCCAACCAACAACAGCAACAACAACAGAAAAGAGCAAAGCAAGCAAAUAAGUGUUCAUUAUUCGCUUUCUCUAUUCCUGCUUCGAUAUUAAUUUUUUCGUCGUUGCUGCGCUCAUUUUAUUAUAUUGACGUAUAGUUUUUCCUGCAGUUUUUUUUUUAAAUUCGUUUGCGUGCAUAUCGAGUUCGUCGUACAUCUCAACGGAUCGUUCCUGGAUUUUCUUAUUUUCUUCUGUUUCGUUUCGUUUUCUUUUUCUCAACUUCACCGUUCAAUUCAACUUCACUUGAAAAGUGAGUGAGUUUGUUUGCCUGUAAAUAAACGUGAAGUCAUACGGAAGGAGCCUGGUAGCAGAACGUUUUAAAUUUGCAUUUUGCAUCGGCAUUAUUAUCAUUAUUAUUCAGUCAAAAUCGCAUCUCAUCGCUUGCGAAAGUAUCAAAUGUUGCCAUCAUGCAGAAAAAUUUAAUCUUUUGUUCGUUUUAUUCGUCCGCAUCACAAUUGAUUUAUAUAAAUAUCGUCAUUGCAUUAAACGUUCUAUGGAUGACAUUGGCAAUAGGAAGCACCGUAGCCGGUCAAUGUACAUGGGAUUACAGUAGUAAAACGAACAGCAUUACUUGUCAUCUGAAGGCGCUUGAUCAGUCAACAAACUUGGACUUGCAGCCAGCGCAAGACUCUGAUAAAUUGACCAUUCAGUGCAGCGAACAUCUUUUGCAUGAGAGCGAAUUACCAAAAAAUGCAUUCGCUCAGCUACGCAAUUUGAAUGAGCUGGUUAUCGAUUCGUGUAAAUUACAUUAUUUGCCCACUGACACGCUAACGGGAUUGAAAGGAUUGAAACGAAUAACGAUACGAACACGGAAUGCUGAAUGGGGCCCAAGCAAGAGUCUUGAACUGAAUGUAACGUCGUUACAUGCACUGAAAGAACUAGAAGUAUUGAAUUUGAUCGAUAGCAAUUUGCGGACAAUACCUGAGGGUGCAUUUUGUGAAUUGCCAACACUGCAAGUAUUGAAUGUAACACGGAAUCGCAUUCGAUCGACAGAUAAUUUGGGAUUUUCGCAGAAAUCAUGUGUGGCCGGUGGCGAGGGCGAUUUACGUGUACUCGACUUGAGCCGAAAUGAGUUAACAUCGCUACCCGAAAAUUGGUCAGUUGCAAAACUACGUCGUUUGCAGCAAUUGAACCUGGAACACAACAACAUUACCGAAAUCUCGGGCGAAGCAUUGGCCGGACUACCUUCGCUACGCAUAUUCAAUAUUAGCUAUAAUCAGCUACACGUACUGCCAAAUGGUUUGUUUGCUGGUGCUCGUGAUUUCCAAGAGAUUCAUUUACAGCACAACCAACUGUUCGAAAUACCACGCGGCCUGUUUCAUAAGCUCGAGCAAUUGUUGAUAUUGGAUUUGAGCGGCAAUCAAUUAUCCAGUCAUCACAUUGACAAUGGCACAUUUUCUGGCCUGAUACGGUUAAUAGUAUUGAAUUUGGCACACAAUGCGCUCACACGCAUCGAUGCGAAAACAUUUCGUGACUUAUAUUUUUUGCAAAUACUAGAUCUGCGAAACAAUUCAAUUGGCCACAUCGAGGACAACACAUUCCUGCCGUUAUAUAAUUUGCAUACGCUCAAUUUGGCGGAAAAUCGGCUGCACACUAUAAACGACGAACUAUUCAAUGGACUUUUCGUGCUGUCCAAACUAACGUUAAAUAAUAAUUUGAUUAGUAGUAUCGAAUCGAGUGCAUUUAAAAAUUGCUCGGAUCUGAAAGAAUUGGACUUGAGCACAAAUCAACUGCAAGAAAUACCGAGCGCCAUUCAAAAUUUAACCAUGCUGCGGACAUUGGAUCUGGGCGAAAAUCAAAUCACUGAAAUUAAUAGCGGUGCAUUCCGCAACCUCAAUCAGCUAACUGGGCUGCGUCUCAUUGACAACCACAUUGGAAAUAUCACCAAGGAGAUGUUCACCGAUUUGCCACGCUUGAGCGUAUUGAACUUGGCGAAAAAUCGUAUCCUGCUAAUUGAGCGCGGGUCAUUCGAAUCAAAUAACGAAAUUGAAGCGCUUCGUCUGGAUCGCAAUUUCAUAAAUGAUAUCAAUGGCGUGUUUGCCACGCUCAACUCGUUGCUCUGGCUUAAUUUAGCUGAAAACCAUCUAGUCUGGUUUGAUUAUGCGUUCAUUCCACGAAGUUUAAAGUGGUUGGAUCUGCACGCCAAUUACAUAGAGGAGCUAGGAAACUAUUACAAAUUGCAGGAGGAAAUCAGCUUGAAAACACUUGAUGCCAGCCACAAUCGUCUGAGCGAUGUGGGACCCAUGGCCGUGCCCAACAGCAUCGAACUGUUAUUCAUCAAUAACAAUCUCAUUCGCAACGUAUAUCCGAACACAUUCAUCGAUAAAGUGAAUUUAACUCGCGUUGAUUUGUAUUCGAAUGCAUUGACCAAAAUGCAUCUGCAUACGCUGCGUUUGGCACCGAUACCGUCGACAAAGCCCCUGCCAGAGUUUUAUUUGGGCGGUAAUCCAUUCGAAUGCGAUUGUUCGAUGGAUUGGCUUCAAUCUGUGAACAAUUUGACAGCGCGCCAACAUCCCCGAAUCAUGGAUUUGGCGAAUGUCGAGUGCAUUAUGCCCCACGAGCGCGGUGCCGCGGUUCGAUCCGUUGCCACAUUGGAUGCCAAAGAUUUCCUUUGUAAGUACGAAACAAUGUGCUUUGCCCUGUGUCAUUGCUGUGAUUUCGAUGCAUGCGACUGUGAAAUGAUCUGUCCAACAAACUGUACGUGCCAUCACGAUCAAACUUGGACCGCGAAUGUAGUAGACUGCGGCGGAGGAGGCCAACCAGCGAAUGUACUGCCGAAAAAAGUGCCUAUGGAUACAACAAUACUCUAUUUGGAUGGCAACGUAAUUAACGAGCUGCAGAACAAUGCAUUUAUCGGCCGAAAAAAUCUGCAGCAAUUGUAUUUGAAUAAUAGUGCGCUGCAUCGAUUGCAAAAACGUGCAUUGGCUGGUUUGCAUUCACUCGAAAUUAUACACUUGGAGCAAAAUCAAUUACGUACGUUGCAUGGCCACGAAUUCGAUAAUUUGAGCCAAUUGAAGGAGCUGUACUUACAGAACAAUCAGCUCGACUAUGUGGCAAAUGACACGUUUGCACCACUUAAAUCGCUACAGUUGUUACGUAUCGAUGGUAAUCGUCUUGUAACAAUGACGAUGUUUCAAACGCUCGCACCGCCACACCACUUUUCAAACCUGAAAUCAUUGUCAAUCGGCCGAAAUGCCUGGAGUUGUCGUUGCUUAUUUUUACGGGAACUCACCUCUUUUGUCAGUGACAACGCCGUUAUUUUGGACGAUUCUCAAGACAUUUACUGUAUGGACGGAGCGAUAAAGCGUGAGCUAGAUUUUAAUUCAUCUAGCGAUUGCAGCAGCUUUUAUGAGGGUCGAUCAGUUUUGUUGCCUGACAUCAGCAUUAAUGAACAUAUUCCACUACUUCUGACGGCCCUCGCCCUAAUCAUCAUUGUCACCAUUCUUGUAUUGGCUAUUGUAUUUCGAGAGCAAUUACGCAUUUGGUUAUUCGCAAAAUGCGGCGUUCGAAUUUGUGAAACCAUCGGCGAAGAUUAUGAAAAGCUGUACGAUGCGGUAUUUUUGUACUCGGAAAAGGACUAUGAGUUGGUGACAAGAGAAAUAGCUGCCGAAUUGGAGAUACGACCGCCACAAUUACGUUUGUGUCUGCAACAUCGGGAUUUAACGCACGACGCAACCUAUUUGCAAAUACUCGAAUCAGCACGUGCAUCAAAACGUGUCGUUAUAUUAUUGUCGCGUAAUUUCCUGCAGACCGAAUGGAGUCGAUAUGAAGUAAGAAAUGCUGUCCAUGAAGCGCUAAAAGAACGGCCCCAAAAAUUAGUUUUAUUAGAAGAGCACGAUGCAUUGCUAGAGGCCGAAAGUGAUUUAGAACUACUGCCGUAUUUGAAGUCACGUGUUGUCAAUGGCAUAAAAUUGUCUGAUAAGCAUUUCUGGGAAAAAUUGCGGUACGCAUUACCGGCUGAAAUCCAACAACGAUGCAACAAUUAUACACUGCACCAUCAUCAAACGCUACAUAAUCCACUUGAUCGUAUACCGAAAGCAUCAAACUCGGAUAACAUUUGUCUGCAGCAGCAAUCAUCAAAUCCACAUCAGACACAGUCAACGAUGCACUUACAUCAUCCCCUGCACGGAGUGCCGCUGCAGCAACAGCCACCAUCGUAUUAUCAACAGGAAAAUGACGAAGCAAAUUAUUCAUCAGCGACAACGGCAACACCGAGUCCGCUUGGACGACGGGCCACCUGUAUUGAUUCUGGUGACGAUCAAUUGCAUCAUCAACCGUUACAUAGUCAAAAUCAACAGCAGCGUCCUCCAUCAGAGCACAUAUAUUUUAGCAUUGAAUCUGAUUAUAAUUCAACUCUAGCUCCAGAAUCAAAUGCUGGCAACGAAUUUGUUAACACUCAAACCACAUUAAAUACAAAUUCCGUUCACCGACCCGUCAUAGGAGCUCAACAAUGGCGCUUAACUGGAAAUAAAAAUAGUGCACAACCGUACAUGGUUUAGUUUUAGUCAGCUCGCUAGCGAGACAGAUAGAAAUGAAAAAAAAAAACGAAACACAAAAUACACAAGAAUGAAUAAGUUUGGAAAGCGAAACAUAUAUUCAACAAUUCUAAGAAUAAAACGAAGAGAAUUUCAUUCCAAAUGACAUGAACGUGCACGAAAAGUAAAUACGGUGAAACAGUGUAUGAAAAAGAAAGGAAAGAAGAGAUAAGAUUGAGUACGCUUAAGCAUUUUAAGGAGAAAAGUCAAAUGAAUAUGAUUAAGCGAUAACUCAUAAACGAUAAUAGCAUAGUUAUAAGCAAGUGACUGACUAAAAAAAACAUACACACACACAUAAUCUCAGAGGCUCUCACAGAGAAGUAGCAAUUAAAAGAAGAUGUGGAAACUCAACGAAAGAAUAAUGGAGAAAAAUUUCAUAUAAUACAUAAAACACAACAUUUUAAUGAAGACGAAAUUUAGCAUUAAAUAAGAUGAAACACAAAUAAGUGGUAUGAACAGAGAAAAAAAAAAUUAAAUUCAUUCACACAUUUACGCGAGUGUUCGUAUGUGAAAAAGAAUGGACAAAUCACUGCUCAUCGUCUUCAAAAAUGGGUGCUAGUAUGUUGAGUGAAUGAAAAAAAAAACUUUAUGAAAAUAAAAUCCAUAAAUUAAACAAAAAAUGGACGACAGAAAAGUAAGGAGGAAAAAAACUAAUGAUUAUUGCUGCAUUCAUUUUGAGACAUUCAAGUAUUGAGUCUUGAAAAAUAUGCGUGCGCGCUUAUCAAAAGGAAAAAAAACAUAUGAUUGUAGUUGUGCGUUUGAUGUCUUCAUCAAAUAUUGCAAAAUUAUAAAAAUACCAAUCGUAGAAGGAAUGUUUCCAGUGUAUGGAAGACAAAAAAUAUCAACAAGCGGAGGUAGAACCUUGAUUAAAGGUGCUGCGGCAUUUAUUCCACACUAUUGAUGAUUCAUUCUCUUUUUAUUCGUUUCUUGAAUUCAAGCGUACACAUAAGUUCAAAGCAAUAAGUAUGAAGUUUAUUGAAGAGUGAAAUGCUUAAAAAAUGAUCAAGCAAAUGUUGCUAAAUGAAGCAAAUAAACAACACAAAAGGCAAAUAGCACACGUUCAUACAUACAUUUGAAAUAUUAUGGAGAAAAAAACAUACACACACAGUUAUUUUUCUUGCAUUGUUUGAUGUAAUACAUGCGAAUGAAAGGGCUAUUAAGAAAUAUGUAUUUUUUUACAUUAAUUUCACAACGACAACCAAAUCAUCAUUCUAACAUGAAAUGGUUCAUAUUAGAUUUUGAACAAUAUUUGUAUGGUUUUUUUUUCUCUUCUCAAACAGCCUUUUCAUACUAUGUUUCAAGAGCAAGUAUUUCAAAAGUGAUGUCCACUGGAUUUAGGUAAUUCUUACUUUGAAAUCAAAAAAAAGUCGACUAUAUUCACACUUUGAAUGCGUUUAAAAUAAAAAAAAAUUUAAAAAAUAGUCAUCAUUUGGAAUCGUCAUAACAAUGAAUGAUUCAACCGGUGCCAUUACAAGCUCAAACAAAAUAUUAUAUCACUUGAAGUCAUAUGGCUAUUGGUAGGCAAAUUGAAAACAAAAGAAACCCGAAAAUGAAUAUUUGCACAAUAUAGCAAUGUAUAUCAUAAAAGAAAGAGAAACAAAAAAGAAUCACAAAGAGUACAUCAACAUUGUCAUUAAGUGGCGCACAGCAAUAUCAAGUGAAACAAAAAUUAUUACUUUAGAAAACAAUACACGUAAAGAUGCUUCAAAAUUAACGGCAACUAACUAGGUAUGCAUAUAAAAUGUUAAGGCUUACAAUUAAGAGGAAAAUAUUUAAAAUCGCAAGGAAGAGAUGAUGAACAAAAAAAGGGAGAGGAUGAAAUAUUAAAAGAAAAAAGAUUAAAUCUGUGAUAUUAUGUAAAAUAAAAAGAAAAUGAUAUGAAACAAAUGAACAACUAUUCGAAUGAACAGCCACUAAACAGUGAACCAAACAUUAUCAUACAUAGAUUUGGCCCUUGAAAUGAGAAUUUUGUACAUGAUAAAAUUUAAAUUCAGUACAAGACUGAAUAUCAAAUAUAGCGCUUUUGUGAAUGGAUGCAGAUAAAUAUCCCAGUAAAAUGAAUUAUUAAUUACAUAGUAUGUGUAUAUUUUAUUUCUUUCCUCUUCAAUCUAAUCAAAGUACACACACUCACGAAUGAAAAAAAAAAAACAAAAGCAAACAAAUAAAACUUUUACAAUUAUUUUGAUUUUAAUCUGAUAUUAAUAGAAUGAGAAUCCAUAUGAAUAUAAACAUGUGUACUAUAAAUUUUGAACCGAAACAAAAAAUUUUAUUCAAAGAAUUGAACAAAAUAAAAUAUGCAAUGGAAGUUGCUUCAUGGUGGGAAUUAAUUUAUGCUCACACAAAAAUGCAAUAUUUUAAAUGAUUACAAUGCUACAGCGCAAUUUCUUUUGUUGCCGAAGAAAGAAGACAAAAAAAAACAAGCACGAAAACCCAUACAUAUGUAUAUUUUUCGAUUAUUUAUGUGUACGGUAUCAUUAUAUUCUACAUCUCACGCGAAGCACCAACAUACUCAACAUAUUCAUUUACAGUCGCCACAACAAUAAUUAUGAAAAUGAAAUCUGUCUUAAUCGCUAAUCAUGUUAAAAUAUUCUCCAGAAUCCAUCUUGGUGUAUGGAUUUAUUUAUCCGCAUUGGUUUUCACUGCCACACUAUUUAUAAAUUAAAGUUUUGCCUAUUUGUUUGUUCAAACAAAAAAAAACACUGACUUCUAUUGGCGUGUGGGAUGAAACAAAACAUAUGUAAAAGGCAUAUAAUCCACAUAAGUCAGUAUUUGUUGCAGGAAAAAUGUGUGACUUUGUUUUUGUUCUGCUGCAUUUCAUGACAAAAUUCAAGCAAAAUGUUUGUUAAAAACUCGGUUUUAGAAAAAAAGAAAAAAAAAGCAACAUGUUUUAUACCAUUUUGUAUAUAAUUCAUUCAAAAUUUGUUCAUUUUUAUACUCAUCACUCAAUUUUGUUUAUUUUUAUCGUGUUUGGCUUGUCAUUAAAACACUUAAUUCGCUAAAUAAGGCAUGGUUUGUUUUGCAUUCGAUGUGUGAUGACUCUACCGUCAAAAUUGAGCCACCAUCUUCCGGUUUGUGAUUUGAAGUCCAGCAUUUUUCUUCGACAUUUAACGCUAUAUUUCAAUAUUUUUCCGUUUGCAGUCGGUAAAAGUGGUAAAUUAUGCGUUCACUUUAAAACGAUCGCCGAUUGCUACUUUGAUGGCCACUCAUGUGCAUCACACAAACACGAAGCUUCUUUCAACACAUGAAAAACUGCAUUCAUUGAGUUUCAUCUCAGUGCCCAAACUACCGUUCAAUCAUGCAAUACCAUAAUAGCUAUAUUAUGAAAUUCAUUGAAUAAGAAUACUGAAAAAAACAAACAAUUCAAGAUGCAUUUUUCCGUGGGUAGCCUCAUAUAAUAAUCAAUAAUGCACUUUAUAAAGUAUAAAGUAAGUAUUUGACGAGAAAUGAAAUAUCAUCGGAAUUAAAUAAAACAAAGUCAAAUGAAGUAAUAAGAAUUGUACGAGAAAAGCAAACAAAAGAUGAACACCAUUUUUCUGAACUUCAGCACACAAUUCACACAAACUGAAAAACACACAUACACACACACAUUGACAAACUUGAGAUGUAGAUAUUAAAAUAUUUGACGGAAAAUAUCCACAUUAGAUAUCGAGAUGUAAUAUAUUUGCAAACUUAUUUGUAAGUAUUAAUAGUGGACUGGUGCAAACGAAAUUUUCGGUGUUCCAAACAACACGAUUUUCAAAGACAUUUUGAGUCCACAAACCGUAUGCGGUAUUAAGUGGACGUUUCGAUGAAAAUUCACUAUAAACUUUGUGAUUAUUUAAUACCUGUAGAUAUAAAUUUUUGCAGUUAAGUAUUAUCGUUUGAUGACGACCGUCGCAUGGAAGUGAUAUCCCCAUUUAACAGCUAUGAACACAAAUUCUCGUUUAUACAAACUUAUUUUGAAAUCAUUUGUUUAAAAAAAAACACAAUAAACGAUGAUUGCAAUCGCUUGCAUGAUUUAUGAAACACUGAUCCACGUGACCCUUAUCAUUUGAUUUUAUCGAUCAACCAAACAAAUAAUGAAACAUGUAUUUAAUUAUAUACUUUUAAGACUUGAAAGGAUGUAAUAAUGUGAAAAACGCAAAUUUAAUUUAAAUGAACAAAUAAAAAAGAAAAA